AUGGUGUUGUUUCUGAUCGGGAUCUCCAUCGCCGUGAAUAAUUCAUCUCAUGACAACCAAACUGCAGAGAACCCCACCCACCAGGGGGAUCAUGUGCUCCCCUCUACUCUGGUUAUAUCCCUGCUGCUCAUCAUCGUUGUCCUGCUGACGAUCUACUGUCUGAGGUUCAAAAACCACAGGAAAGCUCUCGUUACCUCGGUGGAUAAAAAGAUUCCGAAUGGCUUCUUGGAGGAACAAGGAGAGCAGACAGUGGUCCUUCUCCCCCGAUCGCCCUCGCCAUCCAAGAGGUACUUCCCCAUCCCGCUGGACUCGCUGGAGGAGGAGUACCGGUUACGCUCUGCGGACGACGGCAAACUCUUCAGAGAAGAGUUCAAUUCGCUGCCGUGUUACUACCACCAUGGGUCCUUUGAGGAGGCGAGCAGAGAGCACAACAGAGAGAAAAACAGAUACCCAAACAUUUUACCAUACGAUCAUUCAAGAGUGGCAAUGAGUCAUCUCGAUGGACAUCUGUGCUCUGACUACAUAAACGCAUCUUACAUAGACGGUUAUAAAGAGAAGAACAAGUUCAUUGCAGCACAAGGCCCAAAACUCGAGACGCUGUCCGACUUCUGGCGGAUGAUAUGGGAACAGAAAACAACAACGAUAGUGAUGCUGACGAAUCUGAAAGAAAGAAAAGAGGACAAGUGUUAUCAGUACUGGCCGGAGAAAGGCUGCUGGAUGUACGGGAACGUGAGGGUGGCGACGGAGGACGUCACGGUGCUGGUGGACUACACCAUCAGGAAGUUCUGUGUUCAGUAUCAGGGCAGCGACGGUCCCCGGGCGCCGCGGCUGGUCACCCAGCUCCACUUCACCAGCUGGCCAGACUUUGGGGUGCCGUUCUCGCCCAUAGGCAUGCUGAAAUUCCUCAAGAAGGUCAAGACUGUCAAUCCGUCCUACGCCGGACCCAUCGUUGUGCACUGCAGUGCCGGGGUGGGGAGGACUGGGACGUUCAUUGUCAUUGACAGCAUGAUCGACAUGAUGCACAUGGACCAGAGGGUGGAUGUCUUCGGCUCUGUGAGCAGAAUACGAGAGCAGCGCUGUCAACUCAUCCAGACAGAUAUGCAGUACUCCUUCAUCUACCAGGCUCUGCUGGAGUACUACCUGUACGGAGACACGGAGCUGGAUGUGUGCUCUCUGGAGGGCCAUCUGCAGAGGCUUCACAACACCAGGGCGCCCCACGACAGGCUGGGCCUGGAGGAGGAGUUCAGGAAGCUGACCAACGUUCGCAUAAUGAAGGAGAACAUGAGAACUGGGAACCUCCCCGCCAACAUGAAGAAGAACCGUGUGCUUCAAAUCAUCCCGUAUGAUUUCAACCGAGUAAUACUCUCAGUGAAAAGAGGACAGGAGUUCACCGACUACAUCAAUGCCUCCUUUAUUGAUGGCUACAGGCAGAAGGACUAUUUUAUCGCAACCCAGGGCCCCUUGUCUCACACAGUGGAGGACUUCUGGAGGAUGGUGUGGGAGUGGAGGUGCCAUUCGAUCGUUACGCUCACCGAACUCAAAGAGAGGGAGCAGGAGAAGUGCUUCCAGUAUUGGCCAUCAGAGGGCAGUGUAACAUUUGGAGAUUAUUCCGUGGAGCUGACUGCUGAUACACAGUGUGAAACCUUCACACUCAAAGACAUGGUGCUCACCUACAGACCAGAGAAGAGGUCACAGCACGUGAGACACUUCCACUUCCACGGAUGGCCCGAGAUCGGGAUCCCGGCCGAGGGACGAGGGAUGAUUGACAUCAUCGCGGCUGUGCAGCGGCAGCAGCAGCAGUCUGGAAACCGUCCCAUAAUCGUGCACUGCAGUGCCGGUGCGGGUCGGACUGGAACCUUCAUCGCCCUCAGUACGAUCCUGGAGCGGGUGAAGGCUGAAGGCCUCCUGGACGUCUUUCAGACAGUCAAGAGUUUACGCAUGCAGAGACCACACAUGGUUCAGACUGUGGAGCAAUACGACUACUGCUACAAAGUGGUGCAGGAUUUUGUUGACAUUUUCUCAGACUACGCCAAUUUUAAAUAG